AUGAUAAAAGUAAAUGAUUUAAUAUCAGCUUUGAAUUAUUUUUCAGCAAAUCAAACUUGUCAAUUAUUUCGUUCAAAUAUUACUACAAUUUUUAUUGAAUCUUAUUCGAAUUCUUUUUUUCUAUUUCUUAAUCAAUCGUCAGUAUCAAUAUUAAAUGCUCAAGAAUAUCAACCGAUUACGUCAUUAUCACCACCAACAACAAUACUAUCAACCUCACCAUCAUCAACAUCAGAAAUAUCAUCUACAUCAUCGUCAACAUCCACAACAACAUCAAAAACAACAUCAUCAUCAAUCUCAACUACAACAUCAUCAACGUCAACAGCUUCAACAUCAACAUCAACAACAUCAUCAUCAUCAAUAUCAACAUCAACUUCAACUUCAACUUCAAUAACAACAUCAACCUCAACAUCAACAACAUCAUCAUCAACCUCAACUUCAACAACAACAUCAACAUCAUCGACCUUAACAUCAACAUCAACGUCAACAUCGACCUCCACAACAUCAUCAACAACGUCAACAACAACAUCAUCAUCAACAACAACAACAUCGACCUCAACAACGUCAACAACAACAUCAUCAUCAACCUCAACGUCAACGUCAACCUCCACAACAUCAUCAACCUCAACAGCUUCAACAACAUCAUCAACCUCAACAGCUUCAACAACAACAUCGACCUCAACAACAACAACAUCAUCAUCAAUAUCAACAUCAACAACAGCAACAUCAUCAUCAACCUCAACUUCAACUUCAACAACAACAUCAUCAUCAACAACAACAUCAUCAUCAACAACAACAUCAUCGACAUCAUCAUCAUCAACAACAACAACAACAACAUCAUCAUCAACAACAACAACAACAUCAUCAUCAACCUCAACGUUAACAACAGCAAGUACCUGCAAUCUUUUUUUUAAUCAAACUACGUACUCAGUUGGCAAUAACCCAAACGCAGUAACAGUCGUUGACGUGAAUAACGAUAACCAACCUGAUAUUGUUGUUGCAAACUUUGGUUCGAAUACCGUCAGUGUUCUUCUCAACGUAGGCAAUGGUACUUUUAAUACUUUAGCAACUUAUUCAGUUGGCUUUGGUCCACAGGCAGUAGCAGUUGUCGAUGUGAAUAGCGAUAACAAACCCGAUAUUAUUGUUGCAAACACUGCUUCGAAUACCGUCGGCGUUCUUCUCAACGUAGGCAAUGGUACCUUCAAUACUUUAGCAACUUAUUCAGUUGGUCUUUUACCGUCGGCAGUAGCAGUCGUCGAUGUGAAUAGUGACAACAAACCUGAUAUCAUUGUUGCAAACCAAGGUUCGAAUACAAUCAGUGUUCUUCGCAACUUAGGUAAUGGUAUCUUUAAUACUUUAGCAACUUAUUCAGUUGGCAUUAGCCCACAAGCGCUAGCAGUUGUCGAUGUGAAUAGCGAUAAUCAACCUGAUAUUGUUGUUGCAGAGAGUGCUUCGAAUGCCGUCGGCGUUCUUCUCAACGUAGGCAAUGGUACCUUCGAUACUUCAGCGACUUACUCAGUUGGUGUUAUUCCAAGGGCAGUAUCAGUUGUUGAUGUGAAUACCGACAAUAAACCUGAUAUUGUUGUUGCAAACAGUGCUUCGAACACAGUCAGUGUUCUUCUCAACGUAGGCAAUGGUACCUUUAAUAAUUCAGCGACUUACUUAGUUGGUGUUGAUCCAAGGGCAUUAUCAGUUGUUGAUGUAAAUAGCGACAAUAAACCCGAUAUUGUUGUUGCAAACACUGCUUCGAAUACAAUCAGUGUUCUUCUCAACUUAGGCAAUGGUAUUUUUAAUACUUCAGCAACUUAUUCAGUUGUCAUUAAUCCAUGGUCAAUAGCAGUCGUCGAUGUGAAUAGUGACAACAAACCUGAUAUCAUUGUUGCAAAUCAAGGUUCGAACAAUGUCGGUGUUCUCUUACAUUGCUGA